CCCCCUGGAUCAGUUCCCCUCUCCUUCCCCACCGCAGACACGUGCUUCUUCCGCGCUUCCAGGCGUCCUGACCGGAAGGUCUCGGCAGGUCCCGGCAAGUUCGGGGUCCCCGCGAGUUCGGGUGCUCGCUAGUCCGGGUCUCCGCGAGUCCCGGGUCCCGGACGGGAGCGGAGAACCAGAGGGGGGCUUCUUGCGGGAAGAUGAGGAAGCCCGACGGGAAGAUCGUGCUUUUGGGGGACAUGAACGUGGGAAAGACGUCGCUGCUUCAGAGGUACAUGGAGCGGCGCUUCUCGGACACGGUCAGCACUGUGGGUGGCGCCUUCUACCUGAAGCAGUGGCGCUCCUACAACAUCUCCAUUUGGGACACCGCAGGGCGGGAGCAGUUCCACGGCCUGGGCUCCAUGUACUGCCGGGGGGCGACCGCCAUCAUCCUUACCUAUGACGUGAACCUCCCUCAGAGCCUGGUGGAGCUGGAAGACAGGUUCCUUGGCCUGACGGACACGGCCAGCACUGACUGCCUUUUUGCCAUUGUGGGAAACAAGGUGGACCUCAGAGAGAAGGGGGCUGUGGAGAGCCAGGAGAAGGAAGGGUGCAGCCCUGUGCUGCCGGGAGGUGGCAGUGCAUCACCCAAGGUGCCCAAGCAGGUGCAGCCGGAGGACGCAGUGGCACUUUAUAAAAAGAUCUUGAAGUAUAAGAUGCUGGAUGAGAAGGACAUGCCGGCCGCUGAGCAGAUGUGCUUCGAGACCAGUGCUAAAUCCGGGCAUAACGUGGACCUGCUGUUUGAAACCUUGUUCGACAUGGUGGUGCCCAUGAUCUUGAGGCAGAGGGCCCAGGGGCCGCCACAGACUGUGGAUAUCUCCAAUUAUAAGCCGCCCAAACGGACCAAAUCUGGAUGCUGUGCCUGACUGGCAGAGGCCCCUCCGACCACCCACUUUACAUGAUUGGCAAGGUGUGUGACCAAACAAGCUGUGGUCAGAAGGAGCAUAGAAAGUCAAGGAGUGCCUUUGUAGAACUGCACGUGGAGGAGAAGAUUCAAGUGCAAAUGACAGCUAGUCAUUAAGAGAAGGUCGGUGUGGAUCGUCGCCUCUGUGGGGAGCAAACAAAUCAUCUACAGAAACCACUCGGUGAAGCCAGGGUUUCUGGAGGCCGUUGCCCCUUGCUGCUCCUUUCCUGACAACCCAGCCUCGGACAGAAGGUUGCCUGGGCGUAUGAGGUGUGUGCACCUCUCUGCACCUGUAUGACUUUCAUGUUUGCUCUUCUCAGACGUUUCUCUUCACUGUGAUUUAUCUUUGGUCCUAUCAUUUGGUACUUGCAUAUUGAUGCAUCAUAAUGAUUCUCGACGUGUUAAUUUAUACAAAAUCAGGAAUCGCUGUUUUUAUAUUGGUUGUAGCAGUGUGAACGAUGCAUGUUAUUAAAAAGAAUUUUGAGAACUUA